GGCCUCAGUUUUACUCUAUGGGAUCACUGGGAGGUGAGAGGAAGGAAGGAUUUCAAACUGGCUGACUUCCUCAAGGCUGUGAGGGAGUCGUGUGGACUGGAACCCGCUAUGGUGGUCCUGGGAACCAGAAUGAUCUUCGUUCCCAUCAUGCCAGGCCACAGAAAACGUCUACCACAGACGAUGGUACAACUCCUGAAGGCAGGGAACAAACCGUACGUCGAUCUCACUGUGUCAUUCACAAACGACACGGACGAAGAUGUGCCUGGACCUCCUAUCAGAUACUUCAUGUUGUAGCAGUUUUUUUAGAACUCCAUUGGUGAUAUCAAUUUUUCACAAUGCAUAACUCUACAGCUUGUUGUUAGUCCUGGGUGUGUGUGUCGCGUGCGCGCUACGCCCCCUUUUGUUACUUACUACAUAGCUACGCAUGCGCAGGGUACAUACUAGCAGCUGUACUGUAUAGCGAGACCGAACUUUCGCGAGAUAGAUCAGAGGGAGAGAGAGAACGGGAUGGCCACCAGUAGUAGAAGCGAAGCAGCGAUGGACGGCCGGAACGGAGGCUUCUACAAGUGCGACGAGUGUGCCAAGGCCUUCAACCGGAUGGCCAGCUACGAGGCCCACAUCAGGAUGCACGCCCAGGACGAGCUGGACGUCCUGGAUCUCGUCUUCAACUACUCGGAGAAGAUGCACGAGGCUUCAUCAUCGGCAGGGCGGAGGGCCGAGACGCGGAGCUGGUCGGGCGCCAGGAGGAGUUCUAGUCGCAGGUCUAAACCACCGGAGCCGAAGCCCCCGCUGUCUCCGACGGCGCCGCAGCAAGGAAAAAGAGUUUUAGUUGCGGAGAAACCACAUCCGAUAGAACCGGACUGCGGGAGCAAGCCUGUUCGACUCGUAGACCUACUGACUGACGGACGGAACUGCACCGACGACGGAAACGGCGUUUCGUCAACUGCAGCGACUCUUGGUGCGUCUCCGUCAACCAGCCCUCAGCUGCUGAAACGAGAUUGGGCACAGCCCUCCACGUUUCGCCCCUUUUCCAAAGGUUGACUGCCGUUAGGUGUAGAUACCUCUUCAAGGGGGCGGUAUUAGUAGCUAUUGCUAUCUCCAUAUCUGUUUGUUCAGAGCCAGUGGGAGGAGGUGCGGUUGCAGUGAUCAACAUCCCAUCUCAAUCUGCAGCAGGGGAGGAAGAGACCAGGGGCCAUGGACAACAACUCUGUGGUGUUGGUGGAGAUGGAGAAGAGGAGACCUGCAGCUCUCUGAUAGUGAAGGUCCCUCUCAGAUUAUGUUCAGGGAGUCUCAUGAGAAGGCCUGUCAUCAAUCUGACCAAGGGAGCCUCCAGUUUUCCAGGAACACUGCAGCAAUACAAUAAGCGGCAGCCAAUUUUUGGCAGUUCAGUCAAGAGAGGAAACGAUGGUCCUUCCGCGAGUAAGAAAACAACACCAGAGAAACUGAAGAGCGUGGAGUUGGACGUAAAAGAAAGAAAGGGGAAGUCGGUCUCGCCUUCCAAAACCUCCCCUCGACGUCUGCCAACUAAAUCCAGGAUUGUCCGUCUCGAUAGCCUUGGUUUGCCUGAGUCCCCCGACCUUUCUAAUAAGCUCUGCGGCCCUGUGGGGAUGUCCCUGCCAUUAAAAAGUAAGAAGACCUCGACUCGAUACCAGUGCUCCAUUUGCCACCGUUCUCUCUCGUCCAAUUCUUCGCUCAAGCGACACAACCUGCUCCACACUGGGGAGCGACCGUUUAAGUGCUCGCUGUGCGACAAGUCAUUCACGCAGCCUCAUCACCGGCUCAACCACGAGCUGGGCCACUGGGCGAUCAUCAGUCCAAGUCAGGGUGUUGUUUCGAGCUCGUCACGUCGCAGGGUGUGUGGGGGUAGCGUAUCCAGCACUGCGUCGGUGUCAUCGUCCUCCCCCGAGAACGAGCACGAGAGAGUGCUCAAGUGUAAAGUUUGCGACCGAACCUUCUCCACUCUGCGAGGCCUCAGAGAGCAUCUCACCAUCCACGACUCUAACAGGCAGAUUGCUUGCUCCGUGUGCGGGAUGCGGUUCCUCAAACAAGCCCACUGCUCCAUACACAUGCAGAUCCACUCUCCAUCCCAACGGCUCCCCUGUCCGUACUGCGGGAAGAAGAUCGGUCGCUCCGAACGCUUCGAGAAGCACGUUAUGCAACAUCGUAUCAAGGAUGUGCUGGCCAACCAGCUGUCGCAGCAGGCCAGAUACGUGUGCAAGUACUGCCCGAAAGCAUGUCGCUCUCUCUCCGGGCUCACGCGGCACCUCUCAGUUCACUUCCCUCCCAAGAAGACACCCAGCAAGUACCCUCUGACUGUUGAGAAAGGAGAGGUCGUGAGGAGAAACGGCGACGGUACUGAGAGUGAGGUCAGGGAGAUAUUGCCAGUGGAGCAGCAACCAAAGAAAGGCCAUCUACCGGGUGUCUUCUCAGGUAUGCUUGACCUCGAUUUGGAACUCGAUAGUGACUCUGACUCGGAUAAUGAGAGGGGUUAUGGAGAGGAAACUGUGACGGAGGGAGAGAUGGGAGAUGUAAGCAACAGUGGAGCUGGUACCACCGAAGAGAGCAUGGACGAGGUAAUGGAGACAGUGGAGGGGAAGGGGAGUGGAGAGAGAGAUUUUUUGGGGGUUGAGGAGUCGCAAGUGAAUGUAAAGGAGAAGGAAGAGGAGGAAUCUUCAGAUGGGGAAGACACAAUGAGCCCCCUUCGUUUGGACACUGAUGAUUCAUCGGAAGAAACUGAGGAAGAGGAGGACGAGGAGGAGUUUAGGUACAGCUUCAGUCAGUCGUGUGGUGUGCAGACAAAGAGGAGGAGCAGUGGCAUGCCGUACCGGAACCCACACAAUCAUCAGAAGGGAAAGACAGGGGCGGUCCCCCAGUACAAGUGUGAGUGGUGCGGCCGAAUGUUCCUGCGCCGCUACUACCUCCAGCAGCACUACGUCCUCCACCAACAGGUGCCCCAUCAGUGCCAGCUGUGUGGGAAGGUCUUCAUGUCCCUCAGAUACCUCAAGAGGCACCUGCGCAGUAGGCACGAUGCAGAGAUGUGACCACCUCUCAUUUUCUAGUUAACUGUAAUGGACAUAAUACUUAUACCCCUAAUACAUUCUACAGGUCGCUAUGAUGUUAAAAUUGUUGUUGGGUUUUUCUUUGCCCUUCACUUGCAGCAAGCCCACCUAGUCGUGUGAAUGAAGUUUUUUUUAUAUUUGUGACCCACACUGCUGCUGCCCAUUAAAAUGUUCUAAAUACGCACGAAAGACGCAAAAGCUGCGCCAAAAUGUUUUGCAUAAUUAUAUAGUAUACAAACCUCUCA